AUGAAGUCCUUGAUCCCUUUAACCGCCACCAUUGCCAUAAUUUUGGCUACACCGACGCAUUACCAGUACCACGGACCACCGGCGCCCAUAGGCCACGACGGAAGGGUCCUGGACACGCCGGAAGUAGCACAUGCCAAAGCGGCGCAUCUCGCCGCCGCGGCGGAAGCUGCCGCGAGGGUUCCGCACGGCGCGGCUUCCUACACGGAAAAUCAGGACUAUCACGGAUACGCGAAACCCGUAUCGGUCGGACAUGAAAUGUAUCACAGCGGAUACGGAUAUCACGGGCCACCUGCUCCGUUAGAUCGUGACGGUCGCGUGGUAGACACGCCGGAAGUGGCCCGAGCGAGAGCCGCGCAUCUGGCGGCGUACAAUCACAUAGCUUCCGCGACACCUGUCGCGUACGAUCAUUCGCAGGUUUACAAGCCACCGGUUUACAGCCACGACGGCUAUUACGACGGUGACUCGUCGAGCCCCCUGUCUCACGACGACGGGGCGUAUAAUGCACUUGCUGCAGGGUGUGGUCCCCUCCUACGGGUCGACGACUCCCUACCAGGAUUCACAUAUAUAAAAGGGGAUCCGAGCCGCGACACGGUACGACAUAGCAGUCCAUACCUUAGGGCGAGUACUGGUAAUCAUCCAGCAGCGCUUGGUCACGCUGAUAAAGACAUGAGGGCUCUCAUCGUUCUAUUCGCAUUAUGCGCCAUCGCGGCCGCGAAGCCGGCCUACUCGACAUUUCACUACGGCGUGCCGCUCGGGCCGGACGGGAAGAUCCUAGACACGCCGGAGGUGGCGCAGGCGAAGGCGGCGCAUCUCGCCACCCAGGCCUACGAGGCCGCCAGGAACACGCUCGGCCACGGAUACCUGCCCGCCCUUUAUGCACCUGCGGUUUAUGCACCUGCGAUUACGUACGGCGCGCCCAUCGGCGCGGACGGCCGGGUGGUGGAUACACCUGAGGUCGCCCAGGCCAAGGCUGCCCAUCUCGCCGCUCACGCCCAAGAGGCUGCCAAGACGGUCGGGCUGCUACCAUACGGUGCCCUGGCGUACGCCACCUCGCCUGCGUUCUACGCUUACAGUUACGCUCCACUUGGACCCGACGGCAGAGUAAUCGACACUCCCGAAGUAGCCCAGGCUAAGGCCGCACACUUGGCCGCACACGCUCAGGCAGCGGCCCGAAACGCCGCUUGACGCGGAGUUAAGCAACCAUUGGGAAAUCACGUAUCGCCUAAAAUCAAGCUAUCUCUCCCGCCGAUCGCGAAGGAACAUGCGGAGACACUUGUGCCAUGUUUUAUAUGGAUCUGAUGUGAGGAGACUUACACAAUAAACGAGCCAUUUUUAAGAAA